AUGACGAAAUUGAGGCUGCUAAUCAAGAUCAAACCAACAAAAAAAAAUGAGAUAAUCUCUAAGGACACCUCUGAAUUGUCAAGCAAGCCUUCAGCAAAGCUCGCUCUCAAACAAAACCAAUUCGAAGUUGAACAAUAUUUCCAAAAUAAUUACAAGAAGCUUACCUCUACGUGAAAGCAAAAAAAUUUUGUUUGCUCAGAGGGAGCUGUUUUAUUCCUAAAAAUGGAAAUAAAAUGUAAAUAAAUUCAAAAAUUCAUGUCUUAGAUAUAAGCUAUUUAAAAUUAAUAGAAUUAGCAAAAGAAUUCAUUAUAAUAAUAUUACUUAUUUAUCCCAUCCUUUAUGUGAGUGAACAAAACUAUUGGAAAAAUACCAACCUCUGUUAGUAGAUAAAAUUAUUUAUAAAAAAUUGUUAAUAAAAAAAAAUAAUAUAUAAAUGAUAGAUAUUAUAGUAAAAUCUCUAGCUAAUUUGUUGAGUUUUAAAACCAAUUGCAUUUUAAAAUAUAAAUUUUAUAAAUUAAAUUAAUUUUUGCUUUCCAAUUUAUGCUAAAUUUAAAACAAAAUUGUUUGCUUGCUCACGGAUGGGGGAGCUACAAAAAUUUUUUGCUGGAAUUUUUCUAGUAACUUUAUUAACUUAUCAGAAGUUAGCAUUUUUUUCGCCAUAGUUAUUUGCAUAAAUAAUUUGCUGACUCUUUGACAUAUGCUUUAUCUAAUUAAUGCCUUAUGCAUUUUAGUCACAAUUUUUAUUGCUUCUGCUAUUUGCCUACAUUACUUUGAAGUAAAGACUGGAAUAUGAAUUUUGCUACCUCUUUUAAUCUCUAUUUGGUUCUUUAGUGCAAAUAUUCAAUUACCUAACUCCCCACCUCUUCAUGUGCAAACAAAAAUAUUUUCUUUGUUUAAUUGUUUUUUUAAAAUUUAUAUAUAAUUUUAUAUAUAAUUUUAUAUCUAAUUUAUUUUUCGAAAUUUAAAAAUCUUAAUUUGAAAAAUUCAGCAAAUUGUUUAGAUUUAAUAGAUAUUAAUACUAAUUAUCACUUAUAUAUCAAAAUUUUUUAUUCAUAAAAAAUUUCUAAUGGAAGGUAGAUUUUUGCCAUGAAAAUAAGGAUUUUUCCAAUAGUUUUGUUCACUUCUGAAGGGGAAUAAGGAAAUUUUCGGUCUAUUUCCGGCUGAGAAUAUUCUAUUAACCAGCUUUAAGGAAAUAUAA